CAUUCUAUCGUCCGCCCCAAACACCACCUGGUCGUCAAGCACAUACAUUCUUGACCGCCACUUUUAGCUUACUUUUGGAUCACUUCCAUCUUCACAAGAUAAUUGCUUCGAAGGAACUUUGCGUUGGCGCUUCUGACUCAAGUGACUGACCACCAGAUCACUCGCACUUUGGUUCUCAGCUAGCUCGGACGUGAUAGCCUUAUCUGUCCAUUACCCUACCAACCCCGCUCAAGUGAAAGAAAACGUCCAGCUUUUUAAUGCGAAAUGGCUUUUAGAGGUUGUAAUUCUUUUAGGCAAGUGUCCUUGCAAGCCAGACAGCUUUCGACUCCAAAACACAGGUCUCCAAUCGCCAAGCACUCGUACAUCGACGAGGAAUUUCUCUCUCUCGUAAGCAAAGAACAUAUCGCGGAACACAUGAACGAUUUGGGGGCCUUCCCGUCGUUUUCCAAUAUCUUGACCCCACAGCACUUCUACCAGAACGAGGUUUUGUUGAAAUACUCCCAAAAGCUGCCCCAUCCAGUAUCACUCCGGCAAUUGGCUGGAUAUGGCAAAAAGCUCACCAAGCAGAAAGUGCUUGCGUCUGCCAACUUCGUGCGGCUAGAGCUCCCCAUAAGAUUGGCCAUGAGAAUCAGAGAUUUGCAAACGCUCCCGUUUGGUGUGGUCAACAACUUUCAUUUGGCUCAGAUCUACGAAAGUUACUACCAUCUGUUCAACGCAUUCCGCAAAAUUGGAACCAUCAACUCGCUCAGCGAGAACGACGAGUUUUGCAAAGUGAUCAGUGCUCUUUUGGACCAGCACGUGUUCAACCUCUCGCAUCUAAUGAUGGGUGCUCUCGAGCUGUCAAUUCUCGAGAAUCUCCCACAGCACGAGCUCGAUCUAUUUAUGAGCUCCAUGCUUCGGUCCCGAAUCAGUAGGCGAGUCAUUGUCGAAGAGCAUUUGUCCCUCACUGAAAUCCACAAGAAGCACCCGUACCAGGAAAACCCUCCCGACUACAUUGGGGAGAUUUUCCAGAACUGCAACGCGCGAGAGCAAUUCGAAAAGGUGGGCAAGUUGGUGCUGGAGUCCAUGCUUGGGUAUUUUCCGGAUCAAUCCAAAAUGCCCGGUCUCGUCAUCGAGGGCGACGUGGAUGCAAGCUUCCAGUUCAUGGUUCCUCAUCUUCAUUACCUUUUUGGCGAAAUCUUGCGUAAUUCUUUCGAAGCAACCAUCAAUACACACGGGAAGGUUUCCAGCGGCAAGCUUCCGCCCAUAAAAAUCACAAUCAUAGACUCGAAGAAGCAAAUUGUGUUCAGGAUUUCCGACCGCGGCGGGGGCAUCAGUCACAGCAAGCUCGAGUCAAUGUGGUCGUUCGGAAAGCUGCCCGAGCUUGCCAGAAAAUCACUCAAGAACUUCCACAGAAUCCCAGGGCUUCAGAUGUACUCGAACUUGCAGGUCACUGCUGCUGGCUCGUCGAUCGUCGAGGCUCAGAAUGGCUUGGACCAGACUUCGGUGGCCGAUGUGGAGCAGAUUUCGACCAAGACAAAAAAGUCGACCUUGGAGCAGUUGACUACAAGACAAUAUAAGUAUAAAUUGGGCCUUGGAUUGCCCAUGUGCAAGGUUUACGCAGACUACUGGAAUGGCAAUCUAACGAUGAAUUCGUUGGAGGGGUACGGCAGCGACACUUGCUUGACGCUAAGCAAGCUUGGUUUCCAUACUAAUGUGAUUCAGUUGGACAGAGCCUGAAACAAAAGCAAGCUCUUUGAUAUUUGUUUGCUACGAGGUAUCAAGCACAGGCAUGAUACACGGUCUGUUCUGCUCAUUCAUACGACAGAUCCACUCGCUCUGCUGGAACGAGCAAGUCCUAACCGCUGGAUAUCGGGAUGAAACUGGACUAGACACCCUUUUUUUGCCUCAUAGAGGAAUAGUAGGAAAGAAAAGCAAAAGAUCAUUUCUAUAUGUCGGUGGUGAUUUUAAUGAAGCUGGUUUAGGCCUCGCGCGCCUCACAACGCGAA